AUGUCAAGAAUACAAGCAAUUACAGACAGAGUCGAGUUCGAAAGUAGAUUUCCAAAGAGACACCUUCCAUUGCUCAAAAAAAUUGACUCCUACUCGAGCACAUCAGAUCUUUGCCCGCUCGUUUCACGGCCGGAGACUCCCAAUUUCAAGCAGGUUCAAAUCCAAGUGGAAAACACGCCACUGAUCCAAUCGAAACCAGUAAAAUGCACAAUAGACAUGCGAAGCAUUUGUGCUUUGGCAAUACUUGCUGCUGCUUUCGUCGGACUUUACUAUCUGCUAUCUCACAUCAACGGUGAAUCCAUUGACACUCACUGGUAA